AUGACUUCGCGACAAGCGACGACAUGGGAGGAGUACGAACGGGCCUCCUCCCCAGGACGCCAUGAUAGCUUGUCUUCGAGUCCUCGAGGUAGCGUCCAGUUUGAGGAUCAACAAGGUCUCUUGGACGAGCGAGAGGACCGCGGUCCUCACGACUGGACAAACCAGCUCCGGCGCAGAUCCUCUGUCCAGAACAGACUUGCGGCCAUUGCUGGUAUCGGCGGAGUCAACAGUCUACGGCAGUUCUCCCGAAGCUGGCAGCGUGCCUCUGCUUUCCCCGAAAUCAUACCGCAACGUCCGGCCUUUAUGUUUGCGCCCGACCAGGAGCCUGCCCACAACACCAUCGAGCCACUUUCCUACGAACGGACUGAUGUCGAAGCGGGUGCCCGAACAUCCUUGCUGCGCGGGCAGCUAGAGGUACCAGAAAAUGCAGUGCUAGAUGAUGGAGAUGAUUCGGGUUCGGCUGGACCCCAUCGAUCCUUUUCACACGACAAUGAGCACAAGCCUUUUGACAAUGGACUGUCUCGGGUGAUUUCUCCAUCUGGCUCUGUGAGAAGCAACUCGAUAUUCGAGAUACCGCCGCACUUGUCUGCCAUGCCGCUUGUUGGGAGCUAUUCUUCCCAGCGAACCUAUGGCACGGUUGGAUCAGAAAUCAGUCGCCCUUCAAUCGCACAUGCGGCAGAGCUCUGGCGGCAGCAACAAGAGUCUGGUGCAGAUUUGCCGGACGGGACACGCCCGCCUAUCAUGGUCAAGGAGGUUGAGCAAGAGGAUGGAAAAAUUGUUCUUGCCGUGGCCGGACAGUCUACUUUACCACAGACCGUGGUGAACUCAACAAAUGUUUUGAUCGGUGUGGGCCUCCUCAGUCUGCCAAUCGGUAUCAAAUAUGCCGGAUGGCUUUGCGGCAUGAUUACGCUGUUCCUCGGUGCUACCGUCACGAGUUGGACUGCCCGGCUGCUCGCCAAAUGUAUGGAUCUGGAUCCUACCGUCAUCACCUUCUCUGAUGUGGCUUUUAUAUCGUUCGGCCAUCGAGCUCGGGUGAUUACGAGUGUGCUGUUCACUCUGGAGUUGUUGGCUGCUUGCGUCGCUCUCAUUGUGCUUUUCGCCGAGUCGUUGAUUUUGCUCUUCCCUGGUGCUCUCACCUUGACGGGCUGGAAGAUUGUUUGCACUUUGAUCUUGAUACCCCUUCAAUUUGCUCCACUCAAGGUUCUGAGUUUUACCAGCUUUAUUGGAAUUCUCUCCGUCAUGAGCAUCUGUCUGAUUCUUAUUCUUGACGGCUUGAUCAAGACUGAAAGUCCCGGUUCCUUGAUUGAGCCAGCGGCUACCUACAUCUUCCCAGAGAACUGGCUCACUCUUCCAUUGUCGUUUGGCCUCUUGAUGUCGCCAUGGGGAGGCCACAGUGUGUUUCCUAAUAUUUAUCGUGAUAUGAGACAUCCGCGCCGAUACAAUGAGGCAGUCAAAAUCACCUUUAGUUUCACUUACAUGAUUGACGCCACCGUGGCAGUUGUUGGUUACAUCAUGUUUGGCGAUGGAGUCCGGGACUCGGUGACGAAUAACCUUCUUAGGACGACUGGUUAUCCUGCCGUUAUGAAUGUGCUCCUCGUCAUCUUCAUUGCCAUCAUUCCACUCACCAAGAUUCCGCUCAAUGCGCAGCCAAUUAUAAGCACCAUGGAGGUUCUAGCCGGACUCCGUCAACAGGUUGUAGCCGAGGACCAGGUUUUGGUCGGCCGCUCGAGCAUGUUUAGAGGGAUCAUGAAGGUCGUUAUUCGUAUAAUGACACUUCUCGCUUUCCUGGUGAUUGCGAUUUUGUUCCCAGCAUUCGAUUCAAUCAUGGCAUUUAUGGGCAGUGCUCUCUGCUUCACCAUCUGCAUCACGCUGCCCAUAGCAUUCUAUUUGAAGCUAUACUCUCACGAGAUCACCGCCAAGGAGCGUCUUAUUAUGUGGACAGUCAUGACUCUGUCCUUUGUUCUGUCGGUCGUUGGCACGGUUUGGGCCUUCUUGCCCAAGAGCAUGAUUGGAGCAUAA